AUGAAUGGGGAUAUAGAAAUUGACUCACAACUUUUGGGAAUGUCUCAAAAUACUCCUAUGUCAGUUUCUGAUUCUCCACCUCCAUCUCAAGUUGAAAAUGUCUCUUCUACAAAAGGAAAACGGGGCUCUAACUUUAGUGUAGAGGAAGAUCAACUCCUAAUCGGCAACGGUGGAAGAGUCGGUGGUGGCAGCGGCGAUGGUGGAAGAGUUGGUGAUGGCAACAGUGGCGUUGUCGAUGGUGGCAGCGGUGGCGUUGGUGGUGGAAGAGUUGGUGAUGGCAGCGGUAGUGGCAGCGGUAGCGAUUGCGGUGGUGGUGGAAGAGUCGGUGGCGGCGGCGGUUGUGGCAGCAGUAGCAAUUACGGGUGA